UGGUGGGCGCCCGCGAGCCGGUCCCGCCGCCGCCGCCGUCCUUGCACCCCCGCGUGGUUCCCAUCGGGGGCUGGCCUCCCGGAGAGCUCCUCACCUGGGGACUGCACUCCGUCCCCGCCCGCCGCCCCUACCGGGCGGGGCCUGACGUGAGCGUCUUACCUGGGGACGGUCUGCAGGUGAGCCCCAACCCGGAGAAGACCCAGAGGUGGGCUCCUUACCUGGGGCCGACGUCGAGGGCUGUGCCUAAGCGGUCUUCGCCUGAGUACUGACGGGCUUUGCUGUCCACACCGAGCUUUUCACACCGCCUGUCAAAGAUCACUGCGGGGCGCCGAGAGCGGAAGAUAAAGUGCAACAAUGGCUGCUGUUUAUUCUGGCAUUUCCCUGAAGCUUAAAAGCAAGACAACUUCUUGGGAAGAUAAACUAAAACUAGCUCACUUUGCUUGGAUUUCCCACCAGUGUGUUCUUCCAAAUAAAGAACAAGUAUUACUUGAUUGGGCCAGACAGUCACUGGUUGCGUUUUAUAAGAAAAAACUUGAACUGAAGGAAGAUGUUGUUGAAAGGCUUUGGCUCUAUAUAGAUAACAUUCUACAUAGCAGAAAAUUGCAGAGUCUUCUCAAGAAUGGAAAGACAAUUAACCUUCAGAUUUCCCUCAUCAAGAUCAUAAAUGAGAUAAUAGCCGAGUUCUCUCUUUCGGGAUCCCAGAGGAACAUCAGUGCUGUGCUGAGCUGCUGCCAGGGUGUGCUCUCGACGCCCGCCCUUGCUGCCAUCUACACAGCCAGACAGGAGCUGACAGUUGACCUGCUGGGCCAGCUGUGCUGGUCGGCCUGUCGGCAGCCAGAAGGAGCUGCGAUACCCCAGUUAUUUGAUGUCAUUCACCUGGCCCUCGGCCAUUACCUCUCGAUUCAGCAGCAGCAGGUCAACCCAAAACGUGCCUUUGGGGAGGUGACCGGGCACCUGCUCCAGCCCUGCCUGGUCCUGAGACACCUGCUCUCAGGGGGCACGUGGACGCAGGGCCAGCUGCGGCCAGCGCUAGGCCGGGACAUCAGGAGUCAGAUUGAGGCCAUGCUCCGAGGCGGUGCUUUUCCGCCCGACCUGCUCUCUUCCUACAAAGAGGAGCUCUUGGACCAGCAGCAGGGUGACACGAAGAUGGGGGCCAUGAAGAAUCUUCUAGCUCCCUUGGGCACUGUGGUUGCCAAGCUGGUCGAUGCUGGCUACUGUGAGGCCUCCCUUCAUGCGGCUGUUGUAGCCAACUCCGUGGCCUUGCUGUAUAAGCUCUUCAUAGACUCUUACUUCAAGGAGGGGAACCAGCUUCUCUGCUUCAAGGUGCUCCCCCGGCUGUUUGGUUGUUUAAGGAUUUCACGCCUGCCGGAGGAGCAGAUAAAAGCCCUGUCCACAUCCGACUGGACCACAGAACUCCUGGCCCUGGAACAGCUGCUCAACUCCGUGGCCAGUAAUAACAUCUACAACAUUGCCACCGACAGGAUCCGGCACGGAGAGGCUCAGUUCCACUUUUACCGCCGUUUGGCCGAGCUGCUGAUAAACCACGCGCAAGCCCCUGUGCCAGCCUGGUUCCGCUGCCUCAAAGUCUUGAUGUCUCUGAAUCAUUUGAUUUUGGAACCGGACCUGGACGACCUGUUGGCUUCAGCCUGGAUUGAUGCAGAAGUAACAGAGUCUCGGACCAAAAAAGCCCAGGAGGCUCUUAUUCACACGCUCUUCCAGACGUACGCCAAACUCCGACAGGUGCCUCGGCUGUUUGAGGAGGUGCUGGGGGUGAUCUGUCGUCCGGCCGCGGAGGCGCUGAGACAGCCCGUGCUGGCCGCGGGCCCUGCGGCUGUGCUCCGCCAGUGCCUCCUGGAGCUGCCCCCGACCCAGAUCUUGGACGCCUGGGCCCUCAUGCUGGAGAAGUUCCAGUCUCUGGUCUUGCCUCAUCUGCGGGGCGACGGGGACAUGGCGCUCAAGUCGCUGUCCCUGAGCUCACUGCUGCACUGCGUCAUGUUCCACAUGCGGAGCCUGGACAGCGGCACGCCUCUGCCCGUGGUUAGGCGGAUGCAGCGCACCAUGGACGAGAUGCUGCGGGACCUUGUGAAGCCCCUGCUGGACCUCCUCCGGGACCCCCAGUGCCCAGCACCUGAGCCGUGGCAACAGAAGGUCAGCGACGCGGCGCUCCUGCUUUCCCACACCUGGGCGCAGGUGGACACCAUGCUGGCUCUGACCUGCAGCCAGUAUCGCUCCAGGGCUGGGGCUGCCCCGGAGCCCCCGCGCCUCCCCCCGCUGCUCCCGGGUGUGGAAGCCCAGCACUGGAAGCAGAUACAAGAGUUUACGGCUCAGUUCGACUCCCUUGGCAGGUUUUGCUUAGAACAGCUCUACCUGCAGAAAAUGAAAAGGACUUUAAUGCAAACGAAUUUCCAAUCUGAAGAAGCCCUUGAUGCUCUGAGGCACGAUGCUGCCUACAUCCUGGGCUCGGGGAGAGCCAGCCUGGCUCAGAGGAUGACCGCUUCCUGGGACGGCCAGGUCGGGACAGUGAGUGCCCUCACGUACCCCGUUGCCCACUGGCACUUGAUUGUGUCCAACCUGACAAUUCUAAUGUCCUAUCUUAGUCCCGAUGACAUGAGGUACCUGGCCAGCGUCCUGCUGAGAACUUUACCAGUGAGCAGAGCCCAGGAAGGCUCGGCAGAGGAAGAGCCAGACUUGACACUUGAAAAGAUAUCUCAGGCCGUCCUUCACAGCCCCCUCUUCCCAGAAAUGCCACCCCUUUAUCGUGCGUUCUUACUGAGCCUGACUGCUUCUUGUAGCAGCAUUCUGCGUUCCGGUGUCCAGGGGGACCCGGCCCUUCUUAGUCAGCAGCUGCCCUGGCUUUUUGAAAAGGACCACGUGGUUGUGGCUCAUUGGGAAAACAGAUUUUCCAAAGUCGGGUCUGAAGGUGUAGAACCAAAAGGAGAAAUUGCCCAAAACAUACUAUCCUUGGUCAAGGGUGGCUUCCCCAUCCAGCUGAAGGGGGAGCAGUUGGAGCGCCUCCUGGGGCUCUUGGAAGUUAUUUCUUCUCUGCAGCUGGACAGCCUCCUGGCUCCCUGUCACAUUCAUUAUUUUCUUCUGUUACUGUCCGUGGCCGUCACCAAGCUGGGGAGCUCUUGCCCUUCUGCACUGACCCUCAAGUUUUGGAUGACUUGCUACCAGCUUCUCGGUUACCUACAAAGAGGGAAGAGUGCCCACUCCGUGCUCAGGGUCAUGUACGUUAGCGAUAUUUUUGAGAUCACACUGACCUCCUUGUUCAAAGCCAGCAGUAGGCUUCUUACGGCUAUGGAUGACCCCUCGUGGUUGGAAUUCCUCCACGUGGUGGGGACAUUCUUAGAACAGCUGCUGCUGAUGCUGAUCCAGAGAAAGCUCAGCCCGGUGCUCAAUUUGGGGAAAAUCGUCACGUUCCUUUCACGGUGCAAAGUGUACACGGCAGUGACUUCAGGCAAGCAAUUGGGAAAUCGGAAUCCUCUGGGCCAGCAGCUCCUUCUCGUGUCUAUAACCAAGUUGUGCCAAGUCCUGGGGCCUUUAGUCAAAGAGCAGAAGCAGCAGCAAGAGGCCCCGGAGGCCCUGCCCGAGCUGUUGGAGCAGGCGGUCCUCCACGCGGGCGCCGUGCUCCGCCUCUGCGUGGCCCGCGGGGCCCAGGGCCAGCGCCUCCCCUCCGCCAUCAUCUCGUCAGUCAGCACGCUCUUGGAAGCCGACGUGGGCCGGCAGUCCAGGCCAGGCAGGACAGAGGUUUCCCAAAUGAUGGACAAAAUGCUGCACUCCCAGACCGCACUCUACCAGACCAUUUACUCUCAGAUCCUGGCAGAGCUGCCGGUUCUGGCCAGAGACACUCCGUCUUUCCAGGCAGCCGUGCGAUUUUUAACUCUGUUCUUUCUGGCCCCAGACCUACACCCUGAGGAGGAGUCUGUGUUUACCUCCGUGUUUCACUCUGUGAGAAAGGUUCUUGCGGAUCCUGCAGUUCCAGUCCAGGUGGUUCAGGACAUGGAGCCUCACUUGGGAGCCUUGUUCACCCAAAUGCUAGAGGUUGGGGCGACCGAGGACUUUAGGAUGGCAAUGCAGUGUAUUCUCCAGGGACUCGACGUCAGCAAUGUGUGGAAAGCAGAUCUGCAGGCUGUUCUGGCGGCGGUGACGUUGAUCAAGUUGCUACUGCAGUGCCCGUUUGGCGGCGAGAAAGCGCGUUUGUUCUGGCGGGCGUGCCCGCAGAUUGUCACCGCCCUGACUCUGCAGAACCGAGAGGCGUGUCAGGAGCAGCCCGUGCCCCUGGCGCUGGUUGGGCCCAUCCUGGACGUCCUGGCUGCGCUGCUGCGGCAGGGGGAGGAGGCCAUCAGCAACCCGCACCACGUCAGCCUGGCCUUCGGCGUCCUGCUGACGGUCCCCUUGGACCACCUGAAGCCCCCUGAGUACCGGAGCAUCUUCCCCAGGGUGCACAACGUGCUCUUCUCAGUCCUGCAGUGUCACCCGAAGGUGAUGCUGAAAGCCAUCCCUUCUUUCCUAAACUGUUUUAACAGACUGGUGUUUUCAGUGAUACAGGAAGGACGGCAGAAAGACAAAGGAAGCCCAGAUGACCUGCCGGUGGUCCUCGAGUGCGCCCGGCUUGUGGAAAGGAUGUACAGCCACCUCGCAGCUCGGGCCGAAGAGUUCAGGGUGUUCUCCCCCUUCAUGGUGGCCCAGUACGUGACGGAGGUGCAGAAGGUCACCUUGUACCCGGCGGUGAAGGGCCUCCUGCAGGAGGGCAUUUACCUCAUCCUGGACCUCUGCAUUGAGCCAGACAUCCAGUUCCUGCGGGUCUCGCUGCAACCAGGAGUGAAGGAUGUCUUUAAGGAGCUGUAUGGUGACUACGUGAAGUACCACAAGGCGAAACACGAAGGCGAGAAAAGAUACACCGUCUGACUCUGCGUCACAGAAGUGCUGCUUUGGUACCACAGAGCAGCUGUGGCCCUGGGUCUGAAAGAGUCGGAGAAUGAAAGACUUCAUCAGGUGCUUUAGUUCACAGCGUCGAAAUUUGUGGAAAAUCCUUUUGGGAUUAUAUAAUAUACAUUGUAUUUUACAGUUUUGUUUUUCACACUGAAUAUUUUUUAAGGUAUCUUUUUAUGCAGUAAGUAUUGCAAUAGAAUCCUGAAAACAGAUUCUGGAAGGAGGUGAAUGCAAUAAAAACUUGCUGAAUGUCUCCUGUGGCCAUUCCAGAUGUGGUUCUUGUCUCGGUCCAGUGGUUUUGUGUCCCCUCUACCCACUAGGAACUAUGCAGAACCUGGGUUUUGGGAUUUUUUUUUUUUAACUCCAGGUACAUGGCUAAGUAAUUAAGUCCAAUUUAAAUAUCUUUGCCUUUUACAUUCUUCAAGAAACAUGGGAAAUGCCCUUGACAUGCCAGUUUACUGUCUUUCCUCUGAGUGUACCUCCUGAUGGGGCCGGGCAAAGUCGGGACUUGGUGUUGGCCAAGGUGCCUGCUCCGGGCGGGAGUGGUGCCCUGUCGUGCAGGGGGCUGCUCUGCGGGAAGGUGCCGGGCUCGGGAUGCCAGAUCCUGCCUGCACUUCUGGCUUCAUCUCUCAGAAGUUCCCUUGGGAAUUUUGUUUUACUUUUCAGUCUAAGAAAUACUCUUAAUUAUAUUUUUCAUAUUAACUAAGCAAUAUAUUUCAUUGUAGCAACCUCAGAAAAUAAAAAUAAAAGGGAAAGAAAUGGAAACACUCCCAGGCUGUUACCCAGACAGCCACUGUCAUCUUGGGAGUCCCUUGUUUCUCUCCCUUUGCAGAUAGAUAGAUAGAUGGGUAUAUUUAAGUAAAUGUAUAGUUGCCAAAUUGGAUUAUAAGUACAUUUUUGUUUGUUUGUUUACCCAAACUUUUUUUCCUGUGAAAUAUUUCAAUAAUAUCUUGGGGUUUAUACAGACAUACUUUUUAAUGACUGCAUAGUAGUUCACUGAGUAGAUGCAACUUUUUUUUUUUUAACAUUUUUAUUAAAGUAUGGCUGAUUUACAAUGUGUUAAUUUCAGGUGUACAGCAAGUAACUCAGUUAUAUAUAUAUGUAUUUUUCAGAUUUUUUUCCAUUAUAAGUUAUUUCCAGAUGUUGAAUAUAAUUUCCUGUGCUCUACAGUAGGUCCUUGUUAUUUACUUAUUUUAUAUAUAGUAGUGCAUAUCUGUUAAUCUCAAAUUCCUAAUUUAUCCCUCCCUUAACCCCUUGCCCCUUUGGUAACUGUAGUUUGUUUUCUAUGUCUAUUUUUGGUUUGUAAAUAAAAUUUAUAUCAUUUUUUUUUAGA